CUAUCUCUAUCAAAAAAUCUGAAAAAUAACGAUUCCUUCUGAUUUUUUUCUUUCUAUUACAUAGAGAUUUUCAGAGAGAGAAAAGAAAGAAAUGGGUGUAACCAUCAUCAUCUUCAAUUCCUUAUCUCAUCAUCUCUGAAUAUAUUUGGAUCUUCAAACUAUGAAGAUAUAUUCAGGUAAUUAUUAUUAUCAUUAACAGGAUAGUAUUCCUUCUGAAGAAGCCGGUGAUUUGUUAUCAGUUACCGGCUAUAUUAACUACUCUGUCUCAGUUUCUUGGUGGUGCGUUUUUAAAAAUAAAUAAAAAUAAAAGAAUUAGGUCAAUUUUCAUAGUUGAAUUCUUUGAUUAUUUGUUGACCUAAUUAAUUCUUCGAAUUGAUCUUGAAUAAAACAUUGUUUAUCUUCAGAUUUGAGGGAAGUGACAAUUGGUUGAAUUAGAUCGAUAUUUUCAAAUGCUCUUCAUACACUGUGUAUGAAUCGAGGCUAAUAAUUUUGAUUCUCGUUGUCUAGAAUUUCAAUUUUCUUCAGAAUUUUUAUUGAAUAUUGAAGAGAUUAUUACAUUGCUGAUAAGAAAUGAGUGAAAAGACGGUGCCAGUACCGGUUGGUAAACAAGGAGGAGGAGGAGGAGGUCGUACUAAUGGAUGUAAUCCUGUUAAGAAAGCAGGUCCAGUAACCAUGGAUCAUGUCCUAUUGGCGUUGCGUGAAACUAAAGAAGAAAGGGAAACCAGAAUUCGGAGUCUAUUUAAUUUCUUUGAUGUUGCAAAUGUUGGAUACCUGGAUUAUACACAAAUUGAAGCUGGUUUAUCUGGGUUACAAAUACCGGCAGAAUAUAAGUAUGCAAAAGAUCUUUUGAAAGUUUGUGAUGCUAAUAGAGAUGGUAGAGUUGAUUACCAAGAAUUUCGAAGGUAUAUGGAUGAUAAGGAGUUGGAGUUGUAUCAUAUAUUUCAAGCUAUUGAUGUUGAACAUAAUGGGUGUAUAUUGCCGGAGGAGCUGUGGGAUGCACUUGUCAGAGCAGGAAUCGAAAUUGAUGAUGAGGAACUUGCUCGUUUUGUGGAGCAUGUAGACAAGGAUAAUAAUGGAAUUAUUACCUUUGAAGAAUGGAGAGAUUUUCUCUUACUUUAUCCCCAUGAAGCAACAUUAGCGAACAUAUAUCAGUACUGGGAAAGGGUUUGUGUUGUUGAUAUCGGGGAACAAGCUGUUAUUCCACAGGGCAUUAGUAAACAUGUACAUGCAAGCAAGUACUUGAUUGCUGGAGGAGUAGCAGGAGCUACAUCUCGCACUGCAACUGCUCCUCUUGAUAGGUUAAAAGUCGCUUUACAAGUUCAAACAACACGUGCUCACAUUAUGCCUGCAGUUAAGCAGAUUUGGAAAGAAGGUCGCUUUGUUGGAUUUUUCCGUGGGAAUGGAUUAAAUGUCUUAAAGGUGGCCCCUGAAAGCGCAAUUAGGUUUUACACUUAUGAGUUGCUGAAGAAUGUCAUUGUUGACGCUAGAGGUGAAGAUAUAGGCGAUAUUGGUACUUCUGGGCGUCUUGUUGCAGGUGGUUUGGCAGGGGCUGUGGCGCAAACUGCGAUCUACCCAAUGGAUCUUGUAAAAACGCGGUUACAGACGUUUUCUUGUGAAAGUGGAAAAGUUCCCAAAUUGAGUCAACUUUCACGGGAUAUAUUGGUUCAGGAAGGACCUCGAGCAUUCUAUAGGGGUCUUAUUCCAUCUCUUCUUGGUAUUAUCCCUUACGCAGGCAUUGACCUUGCUGCCUAUGAGACUUUAAAAGAGAUGUCGCGAGAAUAUAUUGUCAAAGACAGUGAUCCAGGUCCACUUGUGCAACUAGGUUGUGGGACUAUAUCAGGAGCUCUUGGAGCAACUUGUGUUUACCCAUUACAGGUUGUUAGAACAAGAAUGCAAGCACAACGUGCUAAUGGAGCUGCUGCUUAUUCUGGAAUGUUAGAUGUGUUCUUGAAAACUUACAAACAUGAAGGCAUUAGAGGAUUCUACAAGGGAAUCUUCCCGAAUAUGCUUAAAGUAGUACCAUCUGCGAGUAUCACCUAUCUUGUGUAUGAGAGCAUGAAGAAGAAUCUAGAGCUUGAUUAAAUUGAGUCCCGUAGCUUUGACUGAUGUCUAGCUACCCUGAUUGACAUGUCUGACUAUAGAGCUGACAGUGGUGAUGAUGAUGAUAACAAUAAUAAGAUUUCUGGUUGGUUAGGGGCUUUGAUUGUUUCACUUAGUCAUACAUUAUGCUUUCUAUCAGCAUAUGACAUGCAUGGCUCGUGUUAUCAGACAUUUUUGCAGGCAUUUAUAAAUAAAAAAAAAAUUGAGAGGCAGCAAGAGUUAGUUCAUUCAGGUUAUUUGCCUGGCGGUCGAUAGGUAUACCUUUUUGUCUUCCCAUUUGUGUUUCAUACAAGUAGAAUAUACACAGCUGGAAAGUUAUUCUUUAUGUUGUAUAUACUUAUACUUGUAUGUAUUUGCUAAAUUAGACGAUUCAUUUGCAUUCAGAAAA